AAGGGCGGUCCCGGAAGCCUUACGGGAAGAGUUGAGUCACCAAGGGAGAAUAAAGGCCGAAGGUGCUCCGGAUCGCAUCCAGAGUCACGCCGAGCUGGAUAGUUUUCUCGCCAAAAGCGCGGCGGCGGCGAAACUUCAGCUUGAGUAAGAAAGUUCAGGAGAAAUUAAGUGGACGCCGGCUUGGCUGUUUUCUACCCAAAAUUGGACAUGAUUGUUCCAGCCCUGUUUUUAUUUUCUCUCUUGGCUUUCAGUCAAGCAGUUAAUCCUUGCUGUUCAAAUCCAUGCCAAAACCGAGGUUUCUGCAUGACAAAAGGUUUUGAUCAAUAUGAAUGUGAUUGUACACGGACUGGUUUUUAUGGAGAAAAUUGCACUAAACCGGAAUUUUAUACUUGGCUCAAACUUAAGUUAAAGCCUGCUCCAGACACGGUACACUAUAUACUCACACACUUCAAAGGCAUCUGGGAUAUAAUCAACAACAUUCCAUUCCUCCACAAUGCCAUAAUGAGAUACAUUCUAAUGUCCAGAUCCCAUUUAAUUGAAAGCCCACCAACCUAUAAUAGCAAUCAUGGUUUCAAAAGCUGGGAAGUCUACUCCAAUCUUUCCUAUUAUGCUCGAGCUGUUCCACCAGUGGAUCAUGACUGCCCUACCCCUAUGGGUGUGAAAGGCAAGAAGGAGCUUCCAGAUUCAAAAACGAUUGUAGAAAAAUUCUUGCUAAGGAGAAAAUUCAUUCCUGAUCCUCAAGGCACAAAUAUCAUGUUCACCUUCUUUGCCCAGCAUUUCACUCAUCAGUACUUCAAGACAGAUAUUAAAAAAGGACCAGGUUUCACAAAAGGUCUUGGACAUGGGGUUGAUCUUAGUCACAUCUAUGGAGAGACUUUGGACAGGCAGAUGAAACUAAGACUUUUUAAGGAUGGAAAGCUAAAAUUUCAGAUGAUCAAUGGAGAAAUGUAUCCACCUACUGUGAAAGAAACUGAGGCAGAAAUGAUUUAUCCACCCCAUAUCCCUGACCAUCUGAAAUUUUCUGUAGGACAGGAGGUCUUUGGCUUGGUUCCAGGGCUGAUGAUGUAUGCCACGUUGUGGCUCCGGGAACAUAAUCGGGUCUGUGACAUUCUUAAAGGAGAACACCCAGAAUGGGAUGAUGAACGACUAUUUCAGACUGCCAGACUAAUUUUGAUAGGAGAAACCAUCAAGAUUGUGAUUGAAGACUACGUGCAACAUUUAAGUGGAUACCAUUUCAAACUGAAGUUUGAUCCAGAACUUCUCUUCAACCAGAGAUUUCAAUAUCAGAACAGAAUAGCAGCAGAGUUCAAUACCCUCUACCAUUGGCAUCCUCUUCUGCCUGAUACCUUUCAUAUCCAAAACCAAGAAUAUACGUACCAACAGUUCAUGUAUAACAAUUCCAUUAUGUUAGAACAUGGCCUUUCUCACAUGGUGCAGUCUUUCUCCAAACAAAUGGCUGGAAGGGUAGCUGGAGGUAGGAAUCUUCCUGCUGUAGUGCAGAAAGUAGCUAAAGCUUCCAUUGAUCAAAGCCGGCAGAUGAGAUACCGAUCCUUGAAUGAAUACCGAAAGUUCUUUAUGCUGAAACCUUACACAUCAUUUGAAGAACUUACUGGUGAAAAAGAAAUGGCUGCAGAACUUCAAGAACUCUAUGGUGAUAUUGAUGCUAUGGAAUUAUACCCUGCUCUUCUUAUUGAAAAGCCACGUCCUGGAGCCAUCUUUGGUGAAACCAUGAUUGAACUUGGGGCUCCCUUCUCCUUGAAAGGUCUUAUGGGAAACGUCAUCUGCUCACCUGAAUACUGGAAGCCAAGUACUUUUGGGGGUGCAGUGGGCUUUGACAUCGUGAAUACAGCCUCACUCCAAAGCCUCGUUUGCAAUAAUGUGAAGGGCUGCCCCGGCACAGCUUUCCAUGUCAUCAGCUCCGAGACACUGGCAACAAAUAACGUCAGUGCAUCCAGCAGGUCGAUGGAUGAAAUCAGCCCUGCUGUACUUCUCAAAGAGCGCUCAACGGAAUUGUAGUGGGGGGGGGAAUCACUAUUGGUGUAUAUUUAUUUAUUAAUUUAUUUAUAUAACAAUAUUUAUUUAUAUUUCAAACAAAGCUGCCAUGGACCUCUGUAUAUUUUCCUGUGCAUUGGCAUUUAAUUCAUUGACUUGAAGGGGUUGUUGCUUAGAUUUGCAAGACAGGUUCUCUUCCUUCCUCAUAUCUUCUGUACCACAACGAGAUAUGUGAGCUAUUCCAAAAUGGAUCAAGGACCACAGAUUUGCUGCUUUAAACACAAACAAUAAUCUUGAGUGGGUUCUUUUUUCCCCAUUGUGACAUCAUGAUGGUAAAGCAGGUUAAGUGCUCUUUUUCAUUCAAUAAAGUGCUUUUAUUUUAAGGACGUGGAUCAUUCUUUUGCUUAAUUGAGAUAAGAGAACUCAGGAAAUGAAAUUGGGAUGCAAAAAAUUCUCAGUUUUCAAAAUCUUAUGGUUUCUCAUAUAUAAUUCAUUUUCUGCUUCCUGAUUUUGUAUCAGUUAACAGAGAGCCCAAUUUAGACGUAUCAUAAAUUUUUGGUCAAUAAUAUUGUAAAAGUACGUAACUCCCUACUUUUCUAUUUCUCAUUCAUUUGGUAAGGCCUUUUCUUGAAGGAAUUAACUAGUUAAAUCUUUUUCAUUAAAUCUUAAAAUAAAAGGCAUUGCUUUUUGUUUAAGUUCCUAUAUAUAUUGCCUUACUAAAUGAAUAGGAACAAGUAACCCCACUAAAAUACAACUUGUUUUUCAGUUUUUUCAAAUCUCUCAUCUGUAUCCUUUUUUAUUUUCAGAAACUAAGAAGAUUACCCAAUUCCUGUAAAACCCAUUUUUAUAUUAAACCGUUCAAUAGUUGUCCAACAAUCAGACAUUAAGUCAUUUUUCUCUUAAUUUGCCAUCAGGUUUCCAUAGAGUAUGUGGCAACUUUUUAUUUUCCUAUAUCACUUAUAUGGUGGGGAAGAGCCUGUCUCCCAUAGGAGACAAGGUGAGUUCUGGAUAAUCCACUCUUGCUGGAUUUCAGCAUGAUUUUGAACUCUGGAAUCUCUCUUUUAGCAUUGCACUUUAUGCAAAGAAGGCCAGUUCAACAUUAACACUUUAACACUACAUUUUGUGUAAUAUUGUGAGUGUUCAGGUAGAUUAUAGAUUUCUAUAGUUGACUUAUAACUUGAAAAAUGCAGGUUUUUUGUAUUAUGUUUGUUAAAUGUUAAAUAUUUUGUAUGGCUGAAGAAAUAUUGAAAUCUAAUAGGGUCUAACACACUACUUGCUAAGAAUUUUACUUUUUGGACCCUUUAGUACAAAACUUUGAUGGUAUUUGUGAAGAUUCUUUCUAAAAGAUGAAAAAUGAAAGGGAAAAAUAUUGCUGGCUGGAAAAAAAAAUCUCAGGAUAACCAAAGAGUGCUUUUAAUAAAGGCUUUUAUUUAGGGUGCUCUUAAUAAAGGCUUGUUGUUCUUAGUGUUAUAUCACUGGAACUUACAGAAAAGAAUCUCUGAUUAUGCCCAACUUUUUGAAUUUUUCUUAAGACAACACUGUCUUACUUAAAUUGGUCACCUGUGUUCUUUAAGUUUCCUAUUGCUAUGAUUUUUUCCAGUUGUCUUUUCAUCAGCAAUACGGUACCCUGCCCUUUCUUGAACUGAAUGCUUAAUUUUAAUAUUUUCCCUUAGUGCUUCAUCUUGGCCAGUGUUGCCUCUCUUUAUCUGUUUGUCUUUCAUUGUUCGGUUUGUCCUUCAUACCUUUUAUACAGUACUUGUAUUAUAUAAAUGCUAUGUAAUAACCAGGGGUGAAAUCUACUUACCUUCCUUACUGGCUCGGAAGUCGCGCACAUGGAAGUAAUGACACCCGUGGAAGUAAUGACACCCGGGAGGCGAGUGUCGCCGGUGGUUCAGCGAUCGCUACUGGAUCGCCGGACCACCAGCCACGAUUGCUACCAGAUCGCAAGAUCCGGUCAGAACCGGGAGCAUUUCACCCCUGGUAAUAACUGGUAUUACACUGUAAAAUGCCAUGCUGCAGAAUGAUGUUUUUUCUGCAUUUGUUCUAUGUAUUUAUCAAGCAGAUUAGUUUUCUUUUAUAAUAGGUUUCUAUUUCUUCUAGAGGAGAAAAAAAAAUCCCAAGAAAACUAAUUUAUCUCAGCAAGCUGGUCUUGGUUGGGUGUUUAGAUUAUAGCUGCUUGACAGCUAAGAUGUUGAGGAACCCAGAGAAAAUUUGACACUUUUUUUUGUAUAUGAUUAAAUCUGCUGGAUUUGAAGUGUAUAUUUAUUAAAUAUUUUUACUUAAUUCUUCAGUUCCCAGAACAUUUUAUAAAAACAAGAAACAAAAGAAUUCAAUUGAACAAUUUAAAUAACUUCCAUGCAGGAAAUAGAUUUUUUCUGAAUUGUGGCCUCUUAAAUGUAUUAAUGAAAAUGAAUGUAUAAUUUAUUGAUGUAAUUAUUUAAAUUAUAUUAAGAUAUAAUUUUAAUUAUAUUUUUUACUUUCACAGUGUGCAUAAAAAUGUCAAAAAUAAAAUUUAAUACUAAGCC